AUGGGGUCGACGACGGAGCAGAAGCCACACGCGGUGUGCGUGCCGUUCCCGGCGCAGGGCCACAUCACGCCGAUGCUCAAAGUGGCCAAGCUGCUGCACGUCAGGGGCUUCCACGUCACCUUCGUCCUCACCGAGUACAACUACGGCCGCCUCCUCAAAUCGCGGGGCGCGGCCGCGUUCCACGGCUGCCCGGGCUUCGACUUCACCAAGAUACCGGACGGCCUCCCGCCGCCCGACGCCGAUGCCACCCAGGACAUCCCCGCGCUCUGCCACUCCACCAUGACCACCUGCCUCCCCCACCUCACCGCGCUCCUGGCCACGCUCAACGACCCGGCCUCCGGCGUCCCGCCGGUAACGUGCCUCCUGUGCGACGUCGUCAUGUCGUUCGCCUACGAUGCCGCCAAGGAGAUCGGCCUGCCCUGCGCCGGGCUGUGGACGGCCAGCGCCUGCGGCUUCAUGGCCUACAACUACUACAAGAACCUGGUCGAGCAGGGGCUCGUGCCGCUCAAGGACGAGGCGCAGCUCACGGACGGGUACCUCGACACGGUCGUCCACGGCGUGCCCGGCGUCUGCGACGGCUUCCAGCUGCGCGACUUCCCCGACUUCAUCCGCACCACGGAUCCCAACGCCAUCAUGCUCAACUUCCUCAUCCGCGAGACCGCGCGGGCGGCGUCGCAGCCCGACGCCGUCGUCGUCAACUCCUUCGACGACCUCGAGGGUCGGGAGCUCGACGCCAUGCGAGCGAUCCUCCCGCCCGUCUGCGUCGUCGGCCCACUCCUCCUCCAAGUCCGCCGCGUCAUUCCCAAGGGCUCUCCUCUCGACGUGGCCGUGCAGUCCAACCUGUGGAAGGAGCAGGACGGCCUGCUCGAGUGGCUCGACCGCCACCCGCCGCACUCGGUGGUGUACGUGAACUACGGCAGCAUCACGGUGAUGAGCAACGAGCAGAUGCUGGAGUUCGCGUGGGGGCUGGCCAACAGCGGCUACCCAUUCCUGUGGAACGUGCGCCCCGACCUCGUCAAGGGCGACGCGGCCGUGCUCCCGCCGGAGUUCUCCGCCGCCAUCGAGGGCCGCGGCCUUCUGACCACGUGGUGCCCGCAGGAGAAGGUGAUCGUGCACGACGCCGUCGGCGUGUUCCUGACGCACUCCGGGUGGAACUCCACGCUGGAGAGCCUCUGCGCCGGCGUGCCAAUGCUGAGCUGGCCCUUCUUCGCGGAGCAGCAGACCAACUGCAGGUACAAGCGCACGGAGUGGGGCGUCGGGAUGGAGAUCGGCGGGGAGGUCAGGCGGGCGGACGUGGCCGAGAAGAUACAAGAUGCAAUGGAGGGGGACAAGGGGAAAGAGAUGCGCCGGCGCUCGGCGGAGUGGAAGGACAAGGCCGCGGGGGCGACGCUGCCAGGUGGCCCAGCGGAGGUCAAUCUUGACAGACUGAUUGAUAUCCUGCGUGGCAACACGGAUCAAGCGGUCAACGCAUCUCCUGCCGAAAAUUAA